AUGUGCAAACAAGCAGUCUGCUCGACCUGUCAAAAGACCACCUGGUGGGGCUGCGGCUCCCACGUCCCCUCAGUCCUCGACUCCGUCGCAGAAGCGGAGCGUUGCUCCUGCGAGCCCAAGGUCGAGAAGGAGGGAAAGCAGUAUCCUCCCAUGGGGCCUGCGUUUGGGAUGGUGAAGGCGGCUUUUGGGUUUGGUGGUGGUACUGGUAGUGCUGGGGGUGAUGGGAAGGAUGAGUUAUGA